CCUGCGGCCUGCCGAAGCCCGGUUGCAGUGGCCUCGCGGCCCAGAGGCUGUGGCGGCGGCGCGGCGGCGACAUGGCCUUUGUCCCAGAGGAGGACACGCACCGCAGCUCCAACUCCACCUACAGAGCCGUUGGCAGGGCCGACCAGGAGCCGCUGCUCGGGAAGCAGCUGACUCGCCUGCCGCCCAGCCUGCAAAGGCCGGAGGACCGCUGCCAUGCCACAUACGCCAUCUUCUUCAGCCUGGGCAUUGGCGGCCUGCUGCCAUGGAACUUCUUUGUCACCGCCAAGGAGUACUGGGCAUUCAAGCUGCGCAACUGCUCCGGCCCGGCCUCGAGGGGAUACCCUGAGGACUCCGACAUCCUGAACUACUUUGAGAGCUACCUUGCCAUCGCCUCCACCGCGCCCUCCGUGCUAUGCCUCGUGGCCAACUUCCUGCUGGUCAACAGGGUUCCUGUCCGAGUCCGUGUCCUGGCCUCACUGAUCGUGACGUUAUCCAUCUUUGUGGUGAUGAGCGUGCUGGUGAAGGUGGACACUUCCUCCUGGACCCGAGGCUUCUUUACUGUCACCAUCAUCUGUAUGGCCAUCGUCAGUGGCUCUGCCACCAUCUUCAACAGCAGCAUUUUUGGCCUGACCGGCUCCUUCCCCAUGAGGAAUGCGCAGGCACUGAUAUCAGGAGGAGCCAUGGGAGGGACUGUCAGUGCUGUGGCCUCGCUGGUGGACCUGGCUGCAUCCAGUGAUGUGAGGGACAGCGCUCUGGCCUUCUUCCUGACGGCAGUUGUCUUCCUGGGGCUCUGCAUGGGGCUGUACCUGCUGCUGCCCAGGCUGGAGUACGCCAGGUUCUACAUGAGGCCUGUUGGUCCUGUCCGUGUGUUUUCUGGUGAAGAGGAGCUGCCACAGGACUCCCCCCAUUCUCCUUUGGUGGCCUCCAGGCCCCUUGGGUCCCACACACCACCCCUACGACCCAUCCUAAAGAAGACCGCUGGCCUGGGCUUCUGCAUUGCCUACCUCUUCUUCAUCACCGCCCUCAUCUUCCCUGCCAUCUCCACCAACAUUGAGUCCCUCCACAAGGACUCAGGCUCACCAUGGACCACCAAAUUCUUCGUGCCCCUCACCACCUUCCUCCUGUUCAACUUCGCCGACCUGUGCGGCCGGCAGGUCACAGCCUGGAUCCAGGUGCCAGGCCCCAACAGCAAGGUGCUCCCCGGGCUGUCGCUGCUGCGCACUGGCCUCGUCCCGCUUUUCAUACUGUGUAACUACCAGCCCCGCGUCCACCUGACCACGGUGGUCUUCCGGUCCGACGUCUACCCCGUGCUCUUCACCUGCCUGCUGGGGCUGAGCAACGGCUACCUCAGCACCCUGGCUCUCAUCUACGGGCCCAAAAUUGUGCCCAGGGAGCUGGCCGAGGCCACUGGGGUGGUGAUGUCCUUUUACAUAUACAUAGGCUUGAUGCUGGGCUCAGCCUGCUCGGCCCUGCUAGAGCACCUCAUCUAGGAGUGGGUGGCAGGAACGUCGGUGCCGUGUGAGGCUUUGGGCCCCCGGGAGAUGGGCAGCAAGGACGUGGAGGAAAGGCUCGCAUUUCGCUUGGUGAAGAGAACAGAGCAGAGUUGGGCCUCUGCUCUCCCAAGAUGCCGGUGAGCCAUGUCCUUGCCCAUCCUGUGCAAGGAGAAGCAUUCCAGACACUUUAACAGAACUCGUUAGGGACAUAGGAAGAAGGCAGUGACAAAGAGGGAGGCAAGCUAAAUGUCCCGCUUUUCAUACAGCUACCUUCGUAGCUCACAGGACACCCUCCGGUGUUUGAAUCUGAGUUGUCACCAGUGCAGAACCCAGUGGUGAUGCUCUGUAUUCUCCCAGAAAGAUGGGAGAGAUUCUCAGCCCUCCCUUCUCUGAUGGGGCCCCCUGGAGUGGAAGACCCCCUGGGAUGGCCAGUCCUCAGGCCCAAGUCCAAGCCUGCACAGACCCUAGUUCUGUAGGUGAGUGGGUGCUCACCAGCCAGACUUUUCGAGACUGGAAAGCCCGAGAGAUGGGCCUUGCUGAGUGCUUCCUGCCUGCCGCAGGGCCCAGAGGCUCCCCGGGGCAGGGUCCGAGUUGCUCAGGCCUACGUUCAUUAUGGCCUGGUUGGCUACAGCCUGGGUCAGGGCUGGGUCUUUUAACGUUUAUGUUUACAACUUAUCAAGGCCACUGGUUCAAGGGCCCAAUAAAUCCUGGAGUAUUCAGUGUA